AUGCCGAAGCUCUCACCAACACCCCCACCAUUCGUACCAACUGGUCGCUACACACAGGAGCGUAAGGAGGCCUUCGACAAGGCUCACGGCGACGACUUCCUGUGGGCGGAGGAGAAGAAGCUUGUCCAUCACUUCAUGAGCGUCCACAACAACGGUUUUGCAUGGAGCGACGACGAGCGCGGGUGUUUCAAGCCAGAGUUCUUCCCGCCUGUCGAGUUUCCGGUCCUUCCACACAUGCCAUGGGUGGAGAAGAAUAUUCCUAUUCCACUGGGCCUGUACAAGGAAGUGUGCGAUAUGCUCAAACGCAAGAUCGCGGCCGGAGUCUACGAGCUGUCCAACUCCUCUUACCGUUCGUGGUGGUUCUGCGUCCUGAAGAAGGACAAACACUCACUACGCAUCGUCCACAGUCUCGAACCACUCAACAAAGUCACCAUCCAGCAUUUGGGAGUACCGCCCACGCCCAACUACCUCGCGGAACAGUUUGGAGGUCGCGCCUGA